UCCAGCGCCAUUUUGAUGAAACAGCGAGGAGACGAGCAGCCCGGAGCACCGAGGAGGAUUUUAUGGAUUUAACUCGAAGAAUUACCGGAUACGUGACUUCAGGCUUUUCUCAGCGAACGAGGACCGCGGACAGAAGAGGAGCCUCCGUGUGUCCACUGCGCCACUGCUGGGUUUUGCACUCGACGGCUAACCCGGGGUUGCGUGGUUAGCAUAGCAGUGUUGAGCACUAGCCACCAUUGUUAGCGCCGAGGGAGCGUUAGCUAAUCUCGAGGUGUAGCAUGUUAGCCUGGGCAUUAGCUAACUCGCCAUUCUGAUUUGCACGGUAGAUAACGGUUUCGGACACAUGCUCUUUGAGGUCGAACUGCGGGAUAACUAGACUGUGGACUCUUUGCGGACUAUUUGCUCAAUGUUUUCUCGGUAGUGUUUGUUUUGAGAAAUAAGAAACUGCUCCACACGCAGCACAACAUUACCCCCCCCCCCUCUCCCAGGACUGAUGUCGAGGCUGUGAGGCCCGCUGUUAGCUUCACUGGGUUCCCACUCAAGGACAAUUCACGACGGACUUGGCCCCAUUUAAAUCCCCGUGAGAAAAUAAUAAUCUUAACCCUGUGCUACAUGGACCUUCUUGGAUUUGGUGGCACCCUGUUGCGUUUUAACGGACUUGAAAGAACUGGCGAGGCACACGGCGCCGUUUAAUGGCGCUCUGGCCUCGCACCUCCACCAUUUUUCUUUGGCAGUGAGAAGGACUCUGUCGCAGUCUGCGAGCUGAACCUUUCCUCAUAUGAUUCCUGUCUUUGUCCACAGUGUUCCAGCCAGUUUAAAGAGGGUUUACCCAUUGAAGUCACCUGAUUUAACCUCCUGUGUUCAGUGUUGACGCUGUUUUUAUUUUGUUUUCAUACCAGGCCUGUGGGUUUUUUUUGUUCCCCCCCCCCCCUCUGUGCUUAAUUGACCUGUGAAAAUGUCGUGUGUUCACUAUAAGUUUUCUUCCAAACUGGACUACAACACAGUCACGUUCGAUGGGCUGCAUAUCACCCUCAAUGAACUUAAGAGGCAGAUUAUGGGCCGGGAGCGGCUCAAGGCCACAGACUGCGACCUGCAGAUCACCAAUGCGCAGACUCGUGAAGAAUAUACAGAUGAUGAAGCCCACAUCCCGAAACACUCCUCCGUGAUUGUGCGCCGCACUCCAAUUGGUGGAGUAAAGCCUGCUGGCAGGACGUUCAUUGUAGAUCGUUCUGACACAGCUGUGGUUGGAUCAUCUAGACCCGUAUGUAAAACAAACCCAAAAACAACACUCUGUCCUCCUCUUCCUAUCACCUCUCACUCUCUCCCCCUCUUUCUGGCUUUAGUCACCUUUCUCAAAAACAUUCUGUCAACAAUGAUCGAGCUCUGUGUAUCUUCUGUUGACCGUGUGUUGGCUACAUUUGUGUUGAGAUCUCAACCUCUAUGUGUCUUAUGAUCUGUUUUUGGGGAGGGUUUCCUGGAGUCACCACAGCCAAAGUAGUUUGUUGUUUCUCUCUUUAGAAAAUGGGUUUGGGUUUUGAAACUAGUUGAUUAAAGUUUUAAAUUCUUGCUGAUUGAGAUGAGGAUGAUAAGAGAAACAACAGACUAGCCAUUAUUGUUUUUGAAUGCUCUGAAAUGCCAAAUGUUAAACUGUUGCCACUUUAUAAUUGAGUGAUAAUUAAUUUAAACUGUUAAUGACUGUAUUUCAUAUUGAAAUGGUUUUGUAGCCUGCUUCAGGCCAGUCAAAUGUAUUUUAAGGGGUUUGUAAAAGGAAAACAUGGUAUUUUUGUAUUGACUUGUCAUUUUUAUUUUCUGUGAUAAUCUUUUAUUUAUGUGGUUUAAGAACCCAGUGGAUUUAAGUGUGAUUGGGAUUGAUUGUAAUUAACUUUAAGGUUGUGAGUGAAACAGACUCGCCCUUGAUUUUUAUUUUGAAGUUUAACCUGCUUAACUCUAAUAUACCCAGAUCUGUUGUUCAGUAUCAUUUGCCAAUGUCAAUUGUUUUGUCCUGUACAAUUUCACCAUGGAGAUGUUCUAUUCUUUCUCGAGUAUGGACUGCACAUAACCCUUAAACCUUAAAGACUCACACAUCCUUAAUACUUAAAUUUAAUUCAGAUGCUUCAGUGUCUUAUUUUGAAUCAAAGCAGGUAUUAGUUCAAAGUGUAUUGUUUCAACUGUUGUUUGGGGCAUCAGCAAGAAGCUAGUUUUUAAUAAGUGAGCUGCUUUGAUUGGCCACUGACCUAUAAUGUUGUGACAUGAUCACAAAGCACUAUGACACUUUAUCGGUAAAGUAAACAUCUUGUCAAUCUUUGGAGGCCUUCCAUGGUUGCUGCAGUGAGAAGUACACUGGUGUAGUGUGUCCUGUAAGCUGUAAGCUGCAGAACCUGUCAAUAAAGUUGUUCAGCGGUUCAGUGUCAGAACCGCUUGCACCAGA